ACCGCAACUCAAAUAGCUUCAUUAAUAGGAGGUAAAGUCAUCGGAAAUCCUGAGACUUCAGUAUCGGGCCCAAGUAAGAUCGAAGAAGGUCAACCUGGAACUAUUACUUUUCUAGCAAAUCCUAAAUACGUAUCUUAUAUAUAUGAUACUAAGGCUUCCAUAGUAUUAGUUUCUAAUGAUUUUGUACCAGAACGUGAUGUAGCGGCUACAUUGAUUUGUGUAGAUAAUGUCUAUGCAGCGUUAAGCAUAUUGAUGUCUCAGUUUAACUCUGGCAUCAGUGUUUUGGAUGGUGUGGCAACUACAGCUGUCAUAGAUCCGACUGCAAUUAUAUCCGAAAAUGUUAGAAUCGAUGAUCAUGUAAUCAUCAAAAAAAAUGCUAAAAUUGGUAAAAAUACCACUAUUUUUGGCCAAGUCUUUAUAGGCGAUAAUGUCACAAUUGGUGAUAAUGUAACGCUGUAUCCUGGUGUAAAGGUCUAUCACAAUUGUGAAAUAGGUAAUAAUUGUAUUUUACAUUCAAACACUGUCAUAGGUAGUGAUGGUUUUGGAUUUGCAAGAGAUGAAGAAGGAAAUUACAAGAAAAUUGCCCAGACUGGCAACGUUGUGGUUGAGGAAGACGUUGAGAUAGGUAGUAAUACUGUCAUAGACCGUGCUACAAUGGGAUCUACAAGGAUUUGCAAAGGUGUAAAACUGGAUAAUCUCAUACAAAUAGCUCAUAAUGUGACCAUUGGAAAUAAUACUGCUAUUGCUGCUCAAACUGGGAUAGCAGGUAGCACAAAAAUCGGUGCUAAUUGUCUUAUUGGUGGACAAGUGGGCAUUGUUGGGCAUAUUGAAAUAGCAGAUGGAACCAUGAUUCAGGCACAAUCUGGCAUAUCUUCAAACAUAAAAAAUGAAAAUGCAAAAUUGUAUGGUUCUCCAGCAAUCGAAUAUUCUAAUUACUUAAAAUCAUAUGCGUAUUUCAGAAAAUUACCUGAUAUGGCACAGCAGAUUAGAAAAUUGGAACAAGAGUUAGAUAAAAUGCCUAAGGUGGCUGAAAAUGUUAUAGUAGAGCCCUUUGCAUACAUCGGAGCCAAUGUUGAGAUAGGAGAAGGAACCUGGGUGGGCCCUCACGCGACUAUUUUGGAAGGUUCGUUUGUAGGAAAGAAUUGUAAGUUGUUUCCUGGAGCUGUCAUUGGUGCUAUUCCUCAAGAUCUAAAGUUUAAGGGUGAGAAUUCAACCUUAGUCAUAGAAGAUAACGUGAUAGUAAGAGAAUGUUGCACACUUAAUAGAGGUACUGAAGCAAGUAUGACUACUAGGAUAGGUAAAGGCACUAUGUUAAUGGCUUAUGUCCACGUCGCUCAUGAUUGUUUCAUUGGUUCUAAUUGUAUUAUAGCCAAUAAUGUAAAUCUUGCCGGUCAUAUUGAGAUUGGUAAUCAAGUUAUCAUUGGUGGAAUGUCUGCCGUGCACCAAUUCGUUAAAAUAGGAGAUCAUGCCAUGAUAGGUGGUGGCUCUUUAGUAAGAAAAGACGUGCCUCCAUAUGUUAAAGCUGCGAGAGAACCAUUAAGUUAUGUGGGCGUCAAUUCAGUAGGAUUGCGUAGAAGGGGAUUUUCAAUAGAGCAAGUAAAUCAUAUCCAAGAUAUCUACAGAAUAUUAUUUGUCAAGGGUAAUAAUGUAAAGAAAGCUAUAGAAACUAUAGAUGCGACCAUACAUGAAUCUGCAGAGAAGGCAUUUAUCAUGCAAUUUUUAAUGCAAGCCGAUCGU